CCAACCAUACGUCCGGAUCGACCACCUGAUCCACGUGGGGGGCGGACACGUGAUUUUUAUAUAACUGGCACGGCUAACAUGGCAAAGGUAACCCAUUUAAUAUGGAGAGACCGAUUAGAAGAUGUCGUAAAGGGCCGCUUCCUGGGGGUGAUCGCCAGGGCACGUCUGGAGCUGACGCUGGACGUCACAGCAUGCGAACCGUCAGCAGUGAAGAGUUGAACAGGCGGGCUCUCACCACACAAAACACUACAGCCGAUAUAAUAAAUGUUCAAACACCAUCUUCUACAAUUAAUAGAAUUAGAAACAGUCUGACCCCAACCUUAGAUGUUGCGCAGGAGGCAAAUGCCUUUUUACCUGCGUCCACUAGGGCUGGAAAACCUAGAAUACGUAUGAGAUGGAACAAAGACGUAAACACAUUCAUCAUGCGUACUUAUUAUAUUAUCACCAAAUUAGAAUCUGACAUGACAACAUAUCGCAAACAACUACAUGAACACUUUUCACGACAAUAUCCCGAGAUAAAAGUAACAGAGCAAAGAAUUUCUGAUCAAAGAAGAGCAAUUAUUAGAAACAAACUUUUAACCGAAGAGGAGCUUAAUCUGUUGAAAGAAGAAGCACGAACAAAACUUCAGGAAGAGAUAGAGACUAAUAGUAUAAGUACGAAUUUUACUACUUUAACAAAUAUCCAGACUGAAACAAUCUCACAUUCGCAACUAUCAACAUUUUUAAAAUCAUAUUCACAGAACACACAAAUUUCACAUACAUCUACACAAACAGAAACUGUAACUUUAACAAUAGAAAACGACGUUGACACCUUGGUUGAGAGUAUUCCUAAUAUUGAAAACCAGGCUCAAGAAAUAAUCGAUAAGACAGCGUUAAUCCAGUAUUCUGGAAUGGACCCCUCAGUAAGACCAAAACUGCCUAAACUUAGAUACAGUCCUAAACUUACUCAGUUAAUAGAUCUAUUUAACAAUAAACUAUUGAACCAAUUUAUAUCAGAGGAUAUGCAACUAACAGACCUACAUACCCUAGUAUAUUGCACAGCCUUGGUUAUAUCUGAAGAACUUGGUUACAAAGUAAAGGAAUACGGGGGAAAGAUAAAAAACAUGUGUAUUAAGAAACCAUCGUGGCAAAUAAGACUAGAAAAAGAUAUAAAUAAAUUAAGAGCAGACUGCGGCAGACUGACUCAAUAUAUUAAUAACAAUAGAUCAAAUAAAAUUAUUAAAAGAGUUGAAGCAAUUUUCAAGAGUAGAACAACACACACAAGACAUGAAAAUCAGAACAGAAAGCCUGAAGAAUUUUUAGACACCCUCAAACAGACUCUAGCACUGAAAGUUCAUCGACUCAGGAGAUAUAAGAAAGCAAUGCAAAGGAAAAGGGACAACAUAAUGUUUGAAACUAACGAAAAAUUAUUUUAUAAAAACUUGCAUAAAUUAGAAACUAACAUGAUUGCUGAAGAAAACUUAGAAUUACCAACACAAACGCAAUUAGAAACAUUUUGGUCUAACAUUUGGGAAGAACAAAUACACUACAAUGACAAAGCUGAUUGGAUAGAGGAAGAAAAGAAAAUGUGGAAUACUAUUGAAGAAAUGGAGUUUAAUGAAAUAAAAGAGAUUGAUAUCGCAGACAUUACGAGAAAACUUCAUAAUUGGAAAUCACCUGGUAUAGACAAAAUACAUAACUUUUGGUAUAAAAAAUUAAUAUCGUUACACAAAGCUUUAGCAAAAAAUCUAACAGACGUUAUAUUAGGUAAACAGGAUAUACCUGAAUUUAUUGCAAUAGGAAUAACUUACAUGCUACCAAAAACAAAAUUUUCCUCAGAACCAUCCAAAUACAGGCCAAUCACAUGCUUAACAACGAUAUAUAAAAUUCUGACGUCAGCAAUCGCAACUAAAAUCAACGCACAUAUAGAACACCAUAAUAUAAUAGCAGAGGAACAGAAGGGAUGCAGGCGGGGCCACAUGGGAUGCAAGGAACAAUUAGUUAUAGAUUCUACUAUCCAUAAACAUGCUAAAAUAAAAACCAGAAAUCUACACUGUACCUAUAUUGAUUACCAGAAAGCCUUUGAUAGUCUUCCACAUUCUUGGUUAUUAAAAAUAUUACAGAUUUAUAAAAUAAACUCCAAAAUAAUAGACUUUUUACGUAACAUAAUGCCACUGUGGAAAACUACACUACAAUUAAGCACUAAUAAAAAAAUAAUUAAAACGCGACAGAUAAUUAUCAAGAAAGGCAUUUAUCAAGGCGAUUCAUUGAGUCCAUUGUGGUUUUGCUUAGCACUAAACCCCCUAUCUCACUUACUGCAUCGUUGCCGAGUUGGAUAUCCUCUACAAAACACCGCCCAACAAACAAUUAUCUCACAUCUCAUAUAUGUUGACGAUAUAAAAUUAUAUGCUAAAACAGAUAAAGAAAUGAAAAAGCUUUUUUAG